AUGGCCGCGCGACCGACCCGCGACCCCCUGGGCGACCCGUCUCAGCAGCUGCACCCUCUCCAACCUCUGGCCUCGUCGUCGUCGUCGACCGCGCCCGACCCGGCCCACACGGCCUCACUCCGCUCGAGGUCGCUCGCACAGGCCCAGCAGGGCCUCGCAUCCACCCGCCCGGGCGUCAGCAUCCCGCCACAGCCUCGCCGUCCUCAACCUCUCGCCCCGCUCGCAACCACCGACGCGACCACGACCACCACCACCGCCGCCGCCUCGUCCGCCAUGCAGCCUCAACAGCAGCAGCAGCAGCAGCCUCAGAGCUAUGCCGCAGCCGCAGCAGCAGCCGCAGCUCAGCGUCAGCAGCAGCACCAGCAGUCGCCCGCACCCUCUCAGCCCGGCCAGCAGCACAGCAACGAGCCGCAAGCAGUGUCGCCGCAACCGCCACCUCGCCCAAAGCAGCUCGUCUACACCUUUCCGUCCCCACCACCCGACACGGCCGACCUCUUGACAGAGCUCGAAGAGUUCUACAGCUACGUCGAGGUCCCCCAGGUCCUCGAGCACGCCGACAGCUGGCGCGAGUGGUGGGACGGCGACCAGGAGUUCCACAAGUCGCCGCCGUCGGUCCAACGCGCCGCCGUUGCCUCGCUCCUGACGACCCUCAACUCGACCGCCUCGACCCCGUCUCAGCGCCAGUCGGCCGCCCGCCACCUCCUCCACCUCGCGCACGGCUGCUUCGGCCCAGGCGUCAGCACCUCGCCCGAGCACCACCUGCACCUCAUCCUCACGUCGUGCCGCGUCCUGCGCCAGGCCGGCGCCCUCGACGGCGUGUGGUGCGCCCUGCGCCGGCUCGGUCGCGAGUGGGACGACGCGAGCGCGUUGAGCGCGGCGCAUGCGGCGAGGAGCGCGGCGCAGGGUCAAGACGGGGGCGACGAGGACGAGGGCGGGACCGGCGGCGAGUACUAUGCGCGGCAGGAGGCGGCGAGGAGGAGGGGCAGCGCGCACGAGGCGCCGUUCGACGAGGAGGCCGAGGAGGAGCGCGAGCGCGAGCGCCAGGAGCACCUCGACGAGGUCAACGCCGAGCUGGCGCUCCUCCUUGCGACCCUGUACUUCAUGGUCGAGUGCUUCCGAGGCGAGGAGGCGUGGGGCGAGGAGCUCAUGACGCUCGAGCCGCCGAUGCCUGUCUACCUGUUCAACCAGGUCGCCGGCCUGCGCGAGAAGAACGCUCGUGGGUACCCGGUCAAGAAGCUGCUCCUCCUCCUGUGGAAGUCGAUGCUGUGCACCGUCGGCGGCCUGAAGGACGCCGACCGCACCAAGGUCCUCGUGCGCGAGAUCGAGGGCUUGCCCAAGGACGAGCCAGGCGACCGACCGGCCUACCGACCCUGGACCAAGUCGUCGCCGCCCGACCUGCUCGAGUUCCGCAACGAAACGCUCGUCAAGUACCCGUCGUACACGGCGCCGACGGCCGCCUCGCUCCUCCCUCUCCCUGCACCCCUCGCCGCGCUCGGGUCCAACCCGCAGACGCUCGACCGCCUGUCGGCCGCCGCCGCCCCGACGCCCGUCCGCCCGACGUUCAGCUACCACGUCAACGCCAACCACGACCCGUCGCUCCCGUCGAACCAGCCUGCGCCUCCUCCCGCAUCGUGGCCGACGCAGCAGCAGCAGCAGCCGCCGACGCCCGCUCCCUCGCCACCGCCCUCGCCGGCGCCCAUCAUCCAGCUCCCGAACGGCAGCACGCUCGGCGGGCCGCAGGGCAACGGCGUCGGUCCGCCGGCCAAGCCCAAGAAGCAGCAGUUCCAGACGGACCAGACGCGGCCGUUCCCGCUCCCGUUCGCGCCGGCCAACGCGUCGCGCGGGCGCGCCGUCCCGCGCGCGGUCGAGGAGGCCGGCGAGCUGUACCGCGCCAACCUGCGCGUCAGCACCGAGCUGUGGCAGGCGUGGAAGGUGCGCGAGGAGUUUACGGGCGAGGAGAUGGGCCUCACGCGCGCCGAGGAGGUCGAGCGGCAGCAGGUCGAAAAGGAGGAGGAGCGGCGCAAGUACGCCGCGAGGGAGCUCGCCGGCGGCGAGGUCGGGCGCAAGGCGCGCGCGUUGGGCAGGAGGCUCGAGGCGCUCGUCAUUGGCGACGGCGGGGCCAAGAAGUUGCAGCGGCAGGGGACGGCGAGCUCGAGCGAGGCGGCGAGCGUCCGGGGCGCGUUCAAGCCGGGCGACGAGGGCGACGACGAGGUCGCCGUCCUGAGCGACGACGACGACGACGACUCGGCCGACGACCCGAUGGACCCGCUCACGGUGCUCAAGCAGCUCGGGCGCCAGGCCCGCCGCGACGCCGACGCCGAGGUCGACUCGAAGCGCAAGAGGACGCUCGACGUCCGGCGGCAGGACAUCAAGCGGCUCGAGCGCGUCGAGAUCCUCUACCGCGAGACGCUCGCCCACCUACAGAGCGCCGUGAUCGUCCUCCUCAAGCUUCUCCUCGCGACUGUCACGGCCAACCAGAACCUGCCCAACCCGGGCCAGGCCGGCGAGCCGACCUCGAGCGAUCCUCCUCCCGACCUUAGCCUCGAGGACUGCGACAUCCUGCGGCACCGCGAGAUCACGUCCAAGGCCGUCUCGGCCAUCGUCAUCCUCACCCUCAAGUGGUUCAAGACGAGCCACGUCAUGAAGUUUCACUACUUCUCGCAGCUCCUCGUCGACUCGAACUGCCUGCUCCUCAUCCUGAAGAUGUUCGGCAUGCAGGAGGUGUCGACCCUCGUGCGCGUCAAGCACGACCGCCCCGAGCACAACUUCUUCAAGUUCUGCGACGAGCAGUUCAACCCUGGCUCGUCUGCCUCGUCGCCUCGCCCCGAGGCCCUCGCCCAAGCUCCUCGUCUCGACCUGAGCUCGGUGCCCAACAGCGCUGGGUCGUCGCCCACCUCGUCAACGGGCGCCAACCAGUCGUCGUCGAGCUGGGGCAGCGCCGGCCAAGCGCAUGGCGACGACGUCGAGCUCGUGAGCGACUACUCGUGGCGCAACUUCUUCUCGACCAUCAACUUUGUCCACAUCCUCCAGAAGCUUACCAAGCGCAAGACGCACCGGGUCCUCCUCAUGGUCCAGUACAAGAGCUCGGCCAUCCUCAAGCGCAUCCUCAAGGUGUCGCACCCGACGCUGCAGCUGUACGUCCUCAAGGUGAUCAAGAGCCAGGUCCCGUACUGUGGCCGCAAGUGGCGACAAGCCAACAUGAAAGUCAUCACGGCCAUCUACCUCCACUGCCGCCCCGACCUGCGCGAUGAGUGGCUCGCCGGCGUGGACGUUGACGCCGACGUCGAGGACUCGCUCCCGCACGAGCAGGCGCUGCGGUCGCUCGUCCGCUUCUUCAACACGAAGCACUACUCGAACCACGCCCCGGGCCUGCACCGCCGCUCGUCGUCGCUCCCGCAAAACCCGAACGAGCCGUCGCCCGACUUCAACCCGGGCCCUGUCGCGUCUGCGCCGCUCCCGCCGCUCUCGCCGCACGGACCGCCGCCCGACCAGCACGCCCUCGACGACGUCUUCCCGCCGCCGCGCAGCAUCGCGUCGAUCGACCUCAGCACCGACGUCCCGCUCCAGCUCGCGUACGGCUCGAUCGACCCGGCCGACGACGACGACGACUUUGGGAGCUUUGCCGUCGACGACCUGCUCGAGGCCGGCAGCGGCGGCUCGCUCGACUCGGCGCGGCACCCGGGCUCGGCGCACGAGUCGAUGAGCGCCGAGGGCAUGCACGGCGCAGGCGCCGACUUAUCGCUCGACUGGCUCAACGACCCGCUCGCGGUAGGCGAGGCGGCGUGGGAGCGCAUGGGCCUCGACGAGGGGUACGACGGCGCGUGGGACGACGUGAGCGACAGCGAGAGCGUCGGCGGGUGGGGCUUCAUGCGGUUUGGGCUUGCGGCGGGAGAGGGACCGGGAGGUGUCGCGGCGGGCACGACGGGCACGGUGGCGGACGAUGGCGAGGAGGUCCUCGACGAGCGGUCGAGCCGGCACGAGUGGGAGCACAUCAGCCCCGACACGAUCUCGGCCCUCGAGGAGGAGCGCGACGCCGCUGCUCGCGUGCCCAACUCGCCCCGCCCCAUACGUCGCCGCUCGAGCACCGGGCCCGUCUCGCCUGCUCUCCGCCCCGUCCUCAUCGACCGCGACGACGACUCGGCAGGUGGGAGCGCCGUCCAGGGCGAGGAGGAGGAGGAGGGUCCCGUACCGACGUCGCCUCACUCGGGUCCGGCGAUUGACGAGGUCGAGCUCAUCUUCAACCGGUGA